AUGGCGCUUCUCAACCCAUCGACCCGGAAAAUCCGCCGGUUACCGAUUGAGCCUGUUGAUUUCCCGGUUAGUUUGAUUACCCCGGAGUUUUUGUUUUACGGACUGGGUUACGAUUCGGUGCACGAAGAUUACAAAGUGGUGAGGAUGAUUCAGUAUAGAAAAGUCAAAGGUGAUGAUCUGGUUAGUUACGAAAUCAAAGUUUUCAGCUUAAAGAGGAACUCAUGGAAGAGAGUCAAAUUGCUUCUUGAGAUUCAAAUGCUUUUCUUCUACUUUUACUACCACGUGCUGUAUCGCCGUGGAAAUGGUGUUCAAGUAGGUAACGGUCUUCACUGGAUCUUGCCUCGAAGGCAUGGAGUUAUCGCCAUGAAUACGAUUGUAAGAUUUGAUCUUGCCUCUGAGGAGUUUGGAACCAUCGGUUUCCCGCGAGAGCUUUUCUGCGAGGAUAGAAUGGAUAUAUGUGCGUUAGAUGGCUGCCUCUGCGCGAUGGGUUACCACGAGUUUACACAUGCUGAUGUUUGGAUCAAGAGGGAAUCUUGGAGUAAGCUGUUUAAGGUGACGAAACCGGAGAGUGUAGCAGCGUUGGACUUCAUGAGACCUAUGCUCUAUUCCAAGGACAGGAGCAAGGUUUUGCUGGAGAUUAACAUUGGGAAGCUCGUGUGGUUUGAUUUGGAGAGUAGGAGCUUUCAAACGCUUGGUAUAAAGGGCUGUGAUGAUGGCUCAUGGAGCGCGGAAAUCGUCCUGAGUAGCCUUGUUUUGGGAUGUAAAGGAGACCCUCGCAGGGCUCGAGAAGAUAAAAGGAUGAUGAGUUACAUAAGGUGGUAUCCUCGUCUUUAG